AUGCAAAGCACACACAAACGCACGCGGACGCCACAAGCGCACACAACCACCCGCAAACACUCGGGAUCGGGACCCACAAACCACAAGAGCCAGACUCACAAACGCACAGGACCCGGACUCACAAAUCCAUGGGACCCGGACUCACAAACGCACACAGGACCUGGACUCCAGGACCCGGACUCACAAACGCACGGGAGCCGGACUCACACACGCAGCAACACAGGGAUCCACCAAGCACUCGCACUCUUAGAGACGCAGAAAUCUCCCAAACACAGACACACCCGUCCCCGGACAACCGGACCUCCCCCCCCCCCACUUCCAGCCACACAUUCCCCCACUCCAGAACCUCCCACGCCCUUUUCCACCCCCACUCCCUCCCGCCUUCACUCUCGGUCGCGGGCCGGGCUCCCCCCUCCCCCCCGGCGCUGGCCGAACUCCGCCGAACCCCCGCCCCGCACCCACGUCCCCGGGACACCCACCGCUCAGGACCGCCGCCGCACUGACCCGCCGAGCUCGAGCACCGCCACCUCUCCGCCGAGCUCCCGGUGCCCGUCGCCGCGCCUGCCCCGCUCGCGGCAGCAAAGUCCGGCGGCCGGCCGGGGCGGCCGGAGUCCCCGGAGCCCCAGCAGAGGCGUCCGGCGCCGGGAGCCCGCGGCCAGCCUUGCUGCCGCCUGCGUCACAGCCCGGCCCAGUCCUGGCCCCGCCGCCGGGCCCCCGGCCCGCCCCCGGCCCGCCCCCGGCCCUGCAGCCCCGCCCCUUCGGUGA